AUGAACGGGUACUCCCCGGGGAAGCCCUCGCCGCCCCGGGCUGCUGGCCCUGGCGGGAGGUCAGUAGGUGGGGAUGACCUCAGGAGAGACAUUAUGAACAACUUUGGAGGGGCGCCUCUGCGCGUCAAUCCGACGAAUGCGAAACUGCCGCCGAGCUCCGCCCUUGUCGACCUCAAGGACCCAAUCCAAGUCCAUUUACUGACGGAGACGGCGUUGACGGAUAGCAAGCAGUACCGAAUAUUGUCGCAGGAGGAGGUGGACGGGCUCAAGAAACAGAUACAGUCCUUGAGUUUGCGGGUGGAACAAAUACGCACGAACCUCGCUAUUCAAACCAAGUAUCGAGAUGCAGCCGUUUCUAUGGCCAAGCUGUACUCGCAACCCGAUGCUAGCAACAGGAGGAGUCUGAUGGGCAGCAAUCGCAACAGCACGGGAGAAUCUCUGCGUGAGGCCGAGGCGGAGCGACAGGCCAGCGAAAAACGAGUCGACGACCUGUCCAACGAAUUGCGGAGCCUCGAACAGCGGCUGGUGGAAUCGCAGAGGGGUCUCCUGGAGCACACCGCUGGCAUCCUCCAGCUGACGCACAAGGCAUCGAAGAAGCCCAUGAAUCAACUCCCUGCGCAGCUGAUGAAUGGAAUACCUGGAAGCCCUGAGAGUCUGUACACCUAUUCCAACGGCCGCAAUAGUUUAGAGGUCGGGGACGACUCCUUCGACGAGGACGGACUCUUCCAGGAUCUAAGCAACACAAGCCCGCCUCGCGGAAAACCCCGAGUAGCUCCGCUAGACAUUCCCUCGAAGGCGCCGAGUCGAGAGCAAGAUACCCAACUGCGAGAAGAGGCUGAGAAGCUGAGGGAAGAGAACGCAAGACUACGCGCGCAAGCCGACGCGUUGAACAGCCUUCGGGAAGAGAACACUCAGCUUCAGGCACAAACCGAUGUUUUGAGCGGCGAGAUCGAUUCGCUCAAGAAAGAGAAUGCACAACGCUUACAGUCCGUCUCUGACGCAGGAUGGAAGCUCACGACAUACAACAAAACGCUACGAGACGUAAUUAUAAACACUAAUCCAGCUAAGAACGGAGGCUUCCGUGAGCCUCCCUCGAUACCAGUGGACGGACCGGCCGAUCCUGGCGCUACACUGGGAAGCCAAUUCGAGUACUUGGAGGCAGGUCUAUCGACUAUACGCCAGGAACAAGAGAUUCAAGGACAGUCGACUGGUAGUCUACAGGAUGCGGAGGCUGCCGCAGCACAAGCAUCCAUUGCUCUCACACAAGCAGAAAGCCGCCUCGAGGGUGUGAACCAGAAAAUGCGAGAUCUUCUCGUUGGAGUUGACCCAAGUUACCCCGAAGUUCCCGUCUCUGGCCUAAACGCGCACUUCGAGUGGCUCCAGCGCGCUCUGUCUGUUGUGGAAGAGGAGAUGAAGAAGACUGCCAGCAAGACGGCAGUCAAGAAGCAAGACGACGAACAAGCUGAAGUCGUACUGAUGGGCCUGUGGGAAAUUAUCCAGACUGGUUUCGCAAGCAUUCAGCAGCAGAAGGCAGACCGACGCCGCACACGCAUGGAGCAGGGUAGAUCCGAUAACGAUGACGACAUGUCUGGAGAUGAAGCCGUCGAUACAUCAGAGCCUUACUCGCUGUCAGCAUUCUCUACAAAGGUGCAGUGGCUCUAUAGCCAGGCCACGAGUCUCAAAGAGCAGAAGUCUGUUCUCAAGCGCCAGAUCAAGCAGCAGCGGGAGUUGAACAACAAGUCCGACUCGCAAAAGGAUGAGGAGCUGAGGACAAAGCAGGAUCAGCUCGAGCAGCUUCGAGCAGCUCAGAUGCGGGCCGAGGAAGAGAAGGCACUCGAGCUUACCCUCAAGCAGGAUCAGUUGGAUCAACUUAGGUCGCUGCUCGAACGGUCUGAAGAGGAAGUUGCUGAGGCUCAGGAGAAACUCGUCAAGGCGCAGAAAGAGGCAGAGGCUGCUACCACUACGCGCAUGGCCAACGAGUCCAGUAGUACCAAGUCGCUAGACGAGAUCAGGGAACGCGAUGCCAAGAUCGCGUCCCUGGAGGCAAGCAGCAAGGAGGCUCAAACCACACUUGCCAGCCUAAACACGAACGUCCAGGAGAUGAACAGCAAGCUCAGCAAAGCCAACGAAGAAGUGGCGCUCCUGACGACGAGGCUGGCCGGGGCAGAGAAAGCGGCAGUUGAAAAGCAGCAGGAGGUUGCAGCAAAGGACAAGGAAGUCAAGGAGAAGGAAGAGGAGAUUGAGCGCUUCAAUAUGAUGAUCGUGGAGCUGAAGACGGAGCUGACCAUUGCACAAGCCGAGCUCGACGGUGCGUACGGCUCUCGUAAGGAGAGGGCGAACCAGGCCGCGGCUGUUAAGAGCACCGUCGAGGUCACCCAGCUCAAGGCAGAGGUCGACAGACUUAAGGAGGAGCUCACCUCCACACUCAAGGAGCUGGAGAACAUCACGGCCGAGACGAUCAACGCCGAAAGGGAGAAGUUUGAGGUCGAGACCAAGCUCGACGACGCGCUCGCCGUCAAGUCGAGCCUCGAGGGCGAGAUCAGCUCGCUGAAGGGCGAGCUCGACGCCGAAGUCAACACCUCGAGGACCAAGAUUUCCAAGUUGCAGGAGGAGCUCGACGACGCGCGGCUCAAGGUGACCCCUGGCACUGGCGCUCGCGGUGCCGGCGCGUCGAUGCUCAGCGAACAGUUCCGGACGACGAUGAGGGAGGAGAGGAAGAAGUUCCAAGAGGAUAUGAGGGAGGAGCAAGCCAAGAGGAGAAGACUCGAAGAAGAGUUGCAAAAGAUGCGGAAAUCACAGGGCCCCGGACGGAGUCCCCUGAGCCCGCGGUGA